GGAGAACCUUUCAAAUACAUCACGUGAGUACCAUGCGUGAGCGCGUGCGUUCACGUUCAGAUGUGAUAGAACACGUUCGAGAGUGUAAUAUAUCUACCUUCUCCAAACUGUGGCUCUGCCGCGUGCGUUAGGAUUUCUCGUAGGUUGAGAAGAGAAAAUCCUUAAGUUUUAAACUUAAUGACAACAUAAUUUCACCUAUACUACACUUCCGGCUUUACUGUCUCGACGAGCAGAAAUUAAGGUCGUCUAAUUGUUAGUAAAAGCUUUUGUAAGUGAAUUUAAAAAAGUAACAAUAAGAGAACAUUUUAAAGAUUUGUUAUCAUAUACAGCCAAAUAGAAAAAGGAGCAACGAUAAAAGGCUAGAAGAUGCUCAUGGGAGGACAAACGUUUUUAGUAUCGGUUGGAGUGUUAUUGGCCGUAAUUUUCCAGGUCUCUGGUAGAUGUCCAGAAUCUUGUAGUUGUGAGAGACAACGGGGACGGAAGACUGUGAUAUGUGAUAAAGGAGGAAUAACAGAAAUCCCCACCAAUAACAUGGAUACUGACACACAAAUUUUUCUGGUGACAGCUCCUCCGAGUAAUCCGAACUACUUGACCAUCGGUCGAAUAUUUCUGGAUUUCACAGCCUUAGAGGAAGUUUAUAUCAUGCAUUCAUAUGUUCCUGCUAUUGGACACAGUUCUUUCUGGCCCGGCACAAACCUGCGGGUUUUGAGCCUAAGUCAUAACAACAUCAGUCAACUGCAUGAUUUCGAUUUCAACGGACUUACCAACCUUGAAGUUUUAGACCUGAGUGACAAUGUCAUCAGUGCUACUCCUUCGGCACCAUUCCGUUUUCUCUCCAACCUCACCACGCUGUCACUGGCAAGAAAUCAGCUCAAACGUCUAGUUCCAAGAAUCUUCUACAUGUUGAAAAAGCUGGAACGCCUAGACUUGAGUAGCAACCCCCUAGGAGACAUUGAUCCAGAGAAUCUUAAAGACCUACGACCUUUGAAAAGCUUAAGUCUAGCCAAUUGCCAACUAUCUCGUCUUCAUUCUUUGAUUUACCAGCAUUUACCAAAUUUGGAGGAGUUAGACUUAAGAGAUAAUUUCUUUAAUUACUUCGCUCCCGAAGAGUUCCGUCAUUUGAAAAAACUGCGCAUGCUCUAUCUAGACGGAAAUGAGAUGAGCGUUAUUGUUGACAAGGCAUUCAACGGACAUUACUUUGAUUAUCUGGGUCUAUCUAGGAACCAGAUAGUGAGUUUAGAUGCGUGUGCCUUUUGUAACGCCAGCAUCAAGAGCCUUAAUAUUUCCAGAAACCAGUUUGCCUCUUUAAAAAGUAACAUUUUGAAAGAAGUAACGUUCAGUCUUCAAGUGCUAGACAUUGGAUUCAACAACGUGGCUGUCAAUACAGUAGCAAGCGUCAUCCAGCCUCUCCAUCGCCUCAGACGACUUUCGCUCUCGGGACUAGCUCUCACCACACUCCCGCCCCAGAUUUUCCUCACUAACAGAGACCUGCGUGUUCUUGAUCUAUCACAGAAUGAGCUAUCCACUCUUGAUCCUGAAAUUCUCCGACCUUUGAGUAAACUGGAAGAGCUGAAUUUGUCUGGUAAUCUGUUUUUAGGACUACAACCACAAUUGUUAGACCAAUUCACCAACAUGACCAGACUCUCUAACGUUCCGCUUCAUUCAAAUCCGUGGACUUGCGAACAGUGCCACAUUCUUCCCACUCUUAAGUGGCUCAACAGUUCCCUAGGAAACAGAAAGGUCUGUCGGAGGGACCAGUCCUGUUUCACAUGUGUUCAUCCCGAAAGGCUAGCUUUUAGAGAGGUUCGAUCUUUACGUGUAAGUGAAGUUCCGCCAUGUGGGGGACCAAAAAGUCAAUCCCGAAUCUUCAACUCUGGAUCCCAGAUUGGAAUCAUUAUAGCUGUAACCUUUCUGGUUAUUUUAUUGCUGGUUAUCAUAACUUUCAUUCUUAUUUAUAAAAGACGAGGUGCAGUUUAUUACACGCAUGAAGAAGAAAGAAAUGACAAUUAUUUGUAUGGCGCCACUUUGGUGGGUGAUAUAAAUGGCGGCCACAAAGAUGAAAAAUCGCUAAGAUUUAUCGCUACGCUUGAUAAAAUCGAAGAAUCAAGUGACGAUUACCCUAGUAAGUCAAAAAAUCGUAUUACCUGAGGGCAUGUCGUUGUCUGGGUAUACGCUUUGACUUGAUAUCCUGUAUAAAAACUGGCAAAAAGUGCCUCAAACCAAAAGGAAAUUAAAACUAUUAUCACCUGAGCUGUGAUAAAUUUUCGCAGAAAAGUCAACAAAAUAAUGGAUACAAAGAAUGUUAUUUAUUACCGUGCAGUUUGAAGAGAUGGAUAUCUUGUAAUCAUAUCAUUUAGGUGAGGCACGGUGAGAUAUGUGUGUGUACAAAUAAAGCUUUUUGUUAAGAUAUUCAUCGAUCAUAGCGACAGAUCGUUAAUAAUAGCAAGGCACUUUGGGGUUUUAUGAAAUGGGCUGGUUUUGCCAUCGUCAUAGCUGGUUUAAUCAGGAGGUAUGUAAAUGAGAUGAUGAAAGUGAAUUAACUAGGCUGGGCUCGCUUUUUUAAAGUAUUAUAUAUAUAUAUGUAUAAAUAUACAGAGAAAAAAACAAUCAAAUGGUUUGCAACUGUUAUGAGAAAGCAGUAUAAUAUAAGCAUUGUUAAUUUUUUUUUUAUCAGAAAGUAUACGAUAUUUGGUUAAAUUAGGACAAUCACUGAUAACUAAUAUGUCAAUAUCCAAAAUGGUCAAAUUAGAAUUUCACACCAUAAACCCUGUAUAUUUACCUGGAAGCCUGCAAAUGUAUAUUUUACAUAUUUUAUUAGAAUAUUGAUCACGGUUUAGAUAAUCUACGACAUAUGACACGUUAUUCAACUCGUAAACGUAUGGGAUGAGGCUGUCAAAACACACCGAUAAGGAAUAGUUAUUUGGUGUAUUUAAAAGGUAAUAACAUUUAGAACAUUAUUUGGAUUUAAUAGUUAAUAGGUAUUAAUGCAUUACACCAUAAAUCGUCUACUAGAUAUUUACCAAGAUUAUUGUGUUUGUUUGAAAGUUACAAACCAUAAAUUCUAGAGACUUAGGAGAAAAAAGAUCAAAGGCACGGUCAAAGAAUAAUCAUCGAAGUUUAGAACGAAUAAAACAUUUAGUAUUAUUGUGAGUUAAAAAGUGAAAAACUGAGAUGACGCAUAACUCAUUCUGAAACAAAAGAUAUAAAUGUAGAAAAUCCAUGAUCCACUGGAACACAAACGAUGAAAUCAAGAUUGAUCAGGACGUUAAAAUGAGAAAGUUUGUUUGUUUGUUUGUUUGAAUUUAUGCACAAAGCUACACAAUGGGCUAUCUGUGCUCUGCCCACCACGGGUAUCGAAACCCGGUUUCUAGCGUUGUAAGUCCGCAGACAUACCGCUGUGCUACUGGGGGGCAAAAUGAGAAAGAGCCAAAUUUUAACUGGAAUUAUAGCAAAUCGAAAAGUCAAGAUUUAACGGGACAUAGAAAAGGCGAAAUAAAUUUCAAUUUGUAUAUAAGAACGAAACAAAUUAAAAUGCCCUUGGAUUUAGCAGAAAUAGAAAAGUAAAGGUUUUUGAUCGGAACUGCUCUUUUAUCCUACUUGUCUUUUAAAUUGUUGCAAACUAAUUUACAUAUUCGCAUGUUUUAUGUACAUGUUUUAUACAGAAAACUGAGUUCGAUUAUUUCUUUAUUAUAACCUAUAUUUAGCAAGAGCAAUUAUUAACAAUUUCUGACAAAAAAAGCUAAAUAUACAGAUCAGAGCUAAGAUGUAACUUAUAGGUUAAUGAUGCUGAACCUAAACAACAAACUCCCUAAACGUAUUUAUAUACUGUAAGAAACCAAUUCUUUAUUGAUUAAUAUGUUUUGUUGUUGUUAAGCAUAAAACUACACAAAGAGCUAUCUGUGCUCUGCGCACCGCAGGUAUCGAAACCCGAUUUUUGGCCGGGGGGUUAAAUGCAUGGAAUCAUCGGUUUCCCACUUUUAACAGUAUUUUUGGAGGCAAUUCCAAAGCUAAUUUCAUUAUAUUUUGUCUAUUGAUUUUAUGAUCAAAGUUUCUUAUCUUUAACAACUUUUGAGAGAAAACCAAUCUCAAUGAGAAUUUAAUCCAGAUUUUCCCUUUUUUACACAAACUUCACUACAGUUCCGCACGCUGAAUCCCAGCUGUACACCUCGAGUUUAUAGUACCAUUAAGCAGAAAAUAAUACGAGUUCAAUGUAGCGCCACCAUCCGUGUAUCGCUAUAAAAAUAAUAUGCUUCUGAAUUGUAUAAAUGUUUUCCUCCAAACCGAGUAAUUUCCGAAAAGGAGCAGUUUAGCCUGGGACCUACUAACACAGGUAUAUUGAGCUGGUUAUGGAGUUAAUAUAUUGAUUCUAGCAUCACUAAACUCUGAUAUUUAGACAUUUCUAUUUACAUUAAACUACAUUUAGUGGCCGUUUUAUUUGGACGAAAGUUUUUAUUGAUAAAGUGAACAGCGUGCACAUAUUCCCUAAUUCCGGGAAACAUGAGCAGUCCGUAUUUAUUCUCGCCCUUACUUUGAUAAAGUUUGGUACAACUGACGUGACCACCUUAAACAUAAAAUUUUCCUUUAACGGAAAACCCAACGGAACCCAUAUGAAAGCAGAUUUAUGUUUGAUGCAAACAUUUCCCCACAUACGUUUAAUAUAGAAUUUUCCCCACAUAUUUUUAAUAUAGAAUUAUUCACACACACAUAUGUUUAAUAUAGAAUUUCCCCCACAUAUUUUUAAUAUA